AUGUCGGACGUGUCGGGCAAGUCGACCAUGUCGGACGUGUCGGGCAAGUCGAGCGUGGUGGGCCUUCCUGCAGCGGCCAUGACGGGACGGAAGCGUGCGGCGACGAGCGAGGCCAGAAUGCGCGGGUUUGAGACGCUUGUGCGGCGGCUGCGUGACUCGAAGCGGAUGCUCAAGCAUGUGUCGGGCUUUCUCUCGGACGUGGCGGCGGCGGAGGAGCACUACGGUCGGGCGCUAGCCAAGGCGGUGGCCAAGGCCUCGAUGGACUUUUCGGUCGAGUACGACUCACUCCGUGAGUGCGUGAGCACAUUAGUCGGGCUGGUCAUGGAGACCGGGAUCCGGGCGACAGAGCGAUCCGAGACGCUGGCCCGCGAGAUUCUGACGCCGAUGCGGGCGUUCAAGGAGUACUUUAAGAACGAGCCCAAGGAGGACGUACGGGUCGAGGCCAAGCUGCACAAGGAGCUAAGCUCUCUGAGAGCCACGCUGCCCAAGCUGCGCGAAAAGUACCACGGCAAGUCGCGCGACGACGAGGAGCUGCAAAAGGCAACGGUGGAGAUCAUGAACACCGCGGUCCUGUCAUCGGUCGAGGUCAUGAAGCUGACCGAGAAGCAAGUCAAGGCGGUGAAAGAAGCCAAGGUUGCUGAAGCCAACUACACUCGAGCUGUCGAGGCCACCACCGAGCUUGUCGCUCGGUACAACCUUUAUGCCGAGCAGUCGUGUGUUCGGUUCGAGGCCCUCGAACGCGAGCGUGCCGAGUUCCUGCAGGCCCGACUCGAGUCGGUUACCCGCCUGCUCGUCGAUCCGCAUCCCGGCCAGACCACUGCCAAGCAGGCGCUGGUCACAGCUGUUGACAACAUCCAGUCGCGGACUGACAUGCAGACCUUUGUCAAGGUCUACCGUACCUCGUCACUUCGUGAGCAACCGCCGACGUUUGUCCCGUACGUGAGCAUACUGCGGACGCCAAGCGAUGACACAGUGCAGACGUCAUGUGUCAGCUCGCAACGAAGCUCAAUGGCCGCGGUCUCGGACGGAGCCGGCAGUGGGACCGAUGGCGGAGUCGGCGAGACCGGAAGCGUUCUGGGUGGAGGCACCGAUGCGGGCGGCGGGAGCGACGGCGGUCGGGGUGAGGCGUCAAGCGCAAGCCCCGCGCACCUCGCGGCUGGCGCCGGCGCUGCAAGCCUCCUCGCUGUCCCGUUGCUGCUGCCGGCUGGGAUGAUGGCGAGCCGCGAGCCUGCAGCUGGGCAAAGUCCGGGCGGGGUCAGCAACCGGCAGUGGCGGAUGAGCUACUCGCCGCAGCUCAGCCGCGACGAGGCCAAGGCCCGGCGGCGACGGAUCGGGCGUGCCGGCUUCAAGUCGACAUCAGACUUGCCUGUUGUUGCGCUCGGUGACUCGAUCCGGCGGUCGAGUGGAACCAGGCGGAUCAACUCGGUGUACGUGAGCGCUGGCACGGGACCGGAGAACGUGGCGGGUGCACUGGCACCGUUUCCGCCGCCACCGGAGAGCUUGCACAUGUUGCGGCGGUCGCUGGUGAACCACGAGGCGCGGACUGCGCACGAGCUGACGCUGUUUGUCGACGACUACGUUGAGGUACUCGAGGUUGAUGAGUCCGGGUGGUGGAAGGGACGCGUGUGCGGGGAAGAGGGACUGUUUUACGCGCGGGCGACGGUCGAGGUCGACGAGCUGGUGCUCAAGCACGGCUCGUGAUGGCAGCGAUGUGCUCAGCGGCCGUUGCCUGGAGCUGCGAGGUGAGGCUGCGCCAGGCAUGCGGGAUGGUCUCGUAGCCAUGGGCAGCAGCGUAGACUGCGCCUAGAUACGCGGUGCGGGCCGCCGAGUCGCCGCCGACAAGCAGGGCGCGAUUGACGGCGUCGUGGUAGUCGGAAGCGACCGAUAGCGCGUGGUAGAGGCACGGAAGGGUAAACUCGAGCGGGCAGGCAGAGCCAAA